AUGGCUGAUAAGGGGAAAAACUAUGUUCCCACGGAAGUAUGUGAUGUGUUGGAAUCGGUUUCUUUUCUGAGUGUAGAGGAUAAACCUUCACCCCUGGAGUCAACAGUAUUGCCUAAUACAGAGGAACAGCAGGUGUAUGAGCCUUUGAAAGUCUUCUUGAGAGUGAGGCCCUUUUCUAUAGCAGAGCUUGAAAGCCAUGAAUCCCAGGGUUGUGUAACUAUUGAAGAUGCGCAGACAGUAAUUCUUAAUGCACCCAAAGAGUCUUCUGCAAUGAAAAACAGUGAAAGAGGGAUUGGUCAUGCUGUGCACAGCUUCACCUUUUCUCAGGUCUUUGGACCAGAAACUACUCAGAGUGAAUUUUUUGAAGGCUCAAUGAAAGAUAUCAUAAGAGCAUAUGUUAAUGGAGUGAAUGGACUGGUAUUUACUUAUGGAGUUACAAAUGCAGGCAAGACAUUCACUAUCCAAGGGACUUCAAAAGAUCUUGGUAUUUUACCUCGCUCACUUGAUGUGAUUUUUAAACACAUAAGAGGAAGACAUUACCUGAAGAUGAACUUCAAACCAUAUUUGAGCAACGAUGUUAAGAAACUAGAAGAUGAACAAGUUAAGCAAGAAGAAGCCUUAAAAACUGCUAUUCUUGCAUCACUGAAAGAGGAGACCGAGAGCAUCUCAAAUGCUAUAACAAAUUUCUGUGAUGUGAAGUUGGAUUCUUCUAACUGUACUUCAGACAAUCACCCUUCUAACUCCCUAGCAGAGAAGAACUUUGUUCCAUUUGAUGUUCAUACGACUAAUAUGCACCAAAGAACACAAGCAUCUGUGUGGAUUUCCUUUUGUGAAAUUUAUAAUGAAUAUGUGUACGACCUAUUGAGUAUUUUGUCUACAUCAAAACCUCAAAGGCGCAGAGUCUUAAGAAUUUGUGAGGAUCAAGGAGGAAAUUGUUACAUUAAAGAUUUAAAGUGGAUUCAGGUUCAGAGCACUGAAGAAGCCUGCAGACUACUAAAAAUAGGAAACAAGAACCGAAGUUUUGCCUGCACCAGAAUGAAUGAGCAAUCAAGUAGAAGUCACAGUAUAUUUUCCAUCAGGCUACUUAAGCUAACUGAUGAGCAUCAGCCACGUGUUCUUGGAGUAUCAGAGUUGUCGUUCUGUGACUUGGCUGGUUCAGAGAGGUGCAAUAAAACACAUGUCUUUGGAGAGAGACUAAAAGAAGCAGGAAAUAUUAAUAAUACUCUUCACAUCCUUGGAAAGUGCAUUGCAGCACUGAAGCAAAAUCAAAACCCAAAGAUGAAGCCAAUCUAUAUUCCAUUCAGAGAGAGUAAGCUGACUCGUCUGUUUCAGCCAUUUUUUUGUGGGAAAGGCAAAGUUUGUAUGAUUGUAAACAUCAAUCAGCAUACUUCCACAUAUGAUGAAACACUGCAUGUAAUGAAAUUUUCAGCUAUAGCCAGACAGGUUAUCCAGAAAAUCCUGCCCAAAAAUUUUGGUUAUUUUCCACCAAAGCUAGUUGUAGGUGAUGGCAAACCUAUGAUGCACUUUGAUGCUAACACAUCUGUAGAUGACUUUGCUGACAGUGCUGAAACCUCUGCAGAAGAGGAAGUGGACAUCACCAUUCUGAGUCAUGAGGACCUCUUGAAAGCUGCAGAGGACUUAAAGGAGAAGGUAGCUGCAGAAAGGCGAAGCAAGCUCCUUCUGGAGGUGAAGAUACGCAAAGAGAUGGCAGAAGCAAUGUUUCGACAGCUGCUGGAAACUGAGGAAGCCUGGAGCAACCGCUUGGAAGAUAUGAAAGACAGCUAUGAAGAAAAACUCGAGAGCAAAUUUGAAAUGUAUAAAGAGGCCAUUAAGAAACAUGCAUAUAUGUGUGCAAUGGAACAAAUUGAAGAGAAUUAUGUUCCCAUAGAAGAAUUUCUAGCUGAACAAGAGAAAGUUGAGGAUAGAGAGAAGAAAAUACUGCAAUUGGAAAGGCAGCUUGAUGAACAGUCAGGGAGGCUGUUGGCUCUGGGAAGUCUGAGCUCGGAUGUUCCGACUACUGAAAAUAACAUGGAACGAGAUCUUAUGGACAGCACAUUGAAGAGAGCCAAUGAAGGAUUGCAGAAACAAUGUGAAGAGAAGGAAGAGCUUAUAAAAUCUCUGAAGUUUAAAAUACAGAAACUAAAUGAAGCCCUGCUAGAAGCUAAUGAAGGCUACAGAAAAAUGGCAGAAGAAAACAGUCAACUGAAGCACACAAUCAUGCUCAAGGAUCAGGAAAUGAAUAGUCUUCAGAACUGGGCUAAACGUGUUCUUGAGCUUGAAGAAACAGUGUCUUCCUUGCAAAAAGAGCUUGAAGAACAGAAAAAGAAUUUCUUUUCAGAGGAGUUAAAACAGCAGAAAUCCAGGAGAGGUUUGCUGGCUAACCUGAAAUCCACAGUAGCAUCCACUGCUAGUACACCUCUUGGUAAAGGCUGGGGGAAGUAUGAAGAGGCUUCACCCUAUUCAAGAAAACAAGAACUGUUGCCACAUAAAGCAAAAUAAUAAUAUUUGAGAAACCAAAGUGUGCAAUUACUGGGCUUCUUCAUUAGCUACCAAACUGUUGGUAGCCCUUUCUUACUCUUAAAUGCCAUCUUCACUGUCCAUCUUCAUGUUGACUGAGAAAAAUGUUUAAUACAGAACUUCUUAAAUUGAAUCAGGGUUGAAUUUAGAGCUAUAAAAGUUUGAGUCUAGACAUGUGCUUUUACUGUUGAUAUAGGGAUGUGAUUUGAGAAAUAUAUGUAUAUUUUAAUUCUGGAGUAACUGCUAUCAUGGUCUUCUGUACUGAUAAAUGUGUGGUUCAUGCAAAGUGGAAUGUCCCUCAUCUGCUGUUCGUUAUGUUUAUAAGUUAUUUUAUAUCAUUGUUGAUUCCUAGAAAUCACAUGGCUUGUAAACUUAAUCCUAAGUAGUUAAAAUAGCAUGGUUCUUCAGUUAAUCUGGUUUUGACCUGGUGACUCCCUUCUUGGGACCAAACUAAGCAAGCUGCUAAAGAAGGUGAUGAAAUGAAAUCUGAUCUGGCUCCUUGCUAUUUUUCAGCGAACUUGGCUUUGUAAAGA